UUCUUCAAGUUGUCACGUAGCAUCAUUUACCCGCCCAACAGACUCGAGGGAAGACUUCCAGUGACUUACAUUGACUAAGAAAAAUAAUUAUCAUGGCUCUCGUUGAAUCUACCAAAGAAAAUAUCUUCAGAAAUCUCGAAAAGAUGAAGCUGAAAGAAAAUAUAUCUCCAAUCAAAAGAACUGAAUCGCCUACCAAAGCAUCUCCAUCUAAAAAAAUCUGCAUGUCGCCUGAAAUAUCACGUGAAGUUGAAAUAAAAACUCAGGUCGCCCAGCAGGCAGUGAAAAAACUAGACUUUCAGGAAAAUGGAUUCGACCCCCAAAUCGAGCCACUUCUGAAAGAAAACCCACGCAGAUUUGUUGUGUUUCCGAUAGAAUGGCCCGAUAUUUGGGCCAUGUACAAGAAAGCUGAAGCGUCUUUUUGGACAGUUGAAGAAAUCGACCUUUCAAAAGACAAUGAUCAUUGGGUCAAGUUGACAAAUGACGAGCGUAAAUUUAUUUCCCAUGUACUGGCAUUUUUCGCUGCUUCUGAUGGAAUCGUCAAUGAGAAUCUGGUAGAAAGAUUCAGCCAGGAGGUACAAGUUACUGAAGCUCGUUGUUUCUAUGGGUUUCAAAUCGCAAUUGAAAAUGUUCAUUCUGAAAUGUAUUCAUUGCUUAUUGAUACAUACAUAAAAAAUGACAAAGAACGAGAUUAUCUAUUUAAUGCAAUCGAAACACUUCCAUGUGUGACUAAAAAAGCUGAGUGGGCAUUAAAUUGGAUAAGUAAUGACAAUGCAACUUUUGCUGAAAGAGUAGUAGCGUUUGCAGCCGUCGAAGGUAUUUUCUUUAGCGGGAGUUUUGCCUCCAUUUUCUGGUUAAAGAAGCGGGGAUUGAUGCCCGGCCUUACAUUCAGCAAUGAAUUAAUUUCUCGUGACGAAGGAUUACAUUGCGACUUUGCUUGUUUGAUGUUCAAACAUAUUAUUCAAAAGCCAUCCAAGCAGCGUGUUACUAGUAUUAUUAAGGACGCUGUUAAAAUAGAACAAGAAUUUUUGACUAUUGCUCUGCCAGUUCAAAUGAUUGGAAUGAACUGUGAGCUCAUGUGUCGUUACAUUGAAUUCGUUGCUGAUAGACUUCUUCUUGAGCUGGGUUGUAAUAAGGUAUAUAAUUCAGAAAAUCCAUUUGACUUCAUGGAACAUAUUUCCCUUGAUGGCAAGACAAAUUUCUUUGAAAAAAAAGUCGGUGAAUAUCAAAAGUUUGGUGUAAUGCCAUCUGAUUCGACUCAAUUCACACUUGAAUGCAAUUUCUAAAUUCGUUGAAUUUUUUUUUUUUGUAAAUAAUUUUAAUUAACUGCAAUUCGACGAUUUUCAUAUUAAUGACUUUGACAAUAUAACAAUUAUUACUAUUAUACUUUAAAGAGAUAUGAAA